AAGGUGGAGUCACUCUGGUUAGAAUGCCUCUGACAUCUUCAGAUGCAGUGUCUUUGGAAAGAGCCCUGAUUCUAAAUUCCAGGCCUGCGCUUACUAGCUAGAGACCUAGAACAAGCUCCCUUUCCCCCUUCUGAGCCUCGUUUUCUCCCAAAUAGAGGAAGGCCAUCAACUUCUCAGGGUUGUCAGGAGGAUUAAAAGAGAUAACAAAUGGAAAGCCUACCGUGCACUAAUAUUGAAGGAAUAGUAACUCCCUUCUCCUUUCCUCCUUCCAGUUCUUUUUCCCGGGAUAUUUGAGUAAGCCAAGGCCCUUUGAGACCCUGAAUCAGUAGGAAAGGAUUCAAGUAUAUGGCCAACUCCUCCUCACUGAGGUCACAGAGUGGCCUUCAGAUCUUGGACAUGAGAAGCAUGAGACUGAGAGAGGAGGAGUCACCAGGACCCAGCCACACAGCGUCCUGCCUCUGCGGCUCUGCCCCCUGCAUCCUGUGCAGCUGCUGCCCCGCCAGCCGCAACUCCACCGUGAGCCGCCUCAUCUUCACGUUCUUCCUCUUCCUGGGGGUGCUGGUGUCCAUCAUUAUGCUGAGCCCGGGCGUGGAGAGUCAGCUCUACAAGCUGCCCUGGGUGUGUGAGGAGGGGGCCGGGAUCCCCACCAUCCUGCAGGGCCACAUCGACUGUGGCUCCCUGCUUGGCUACCGCGCUGUCUACCGCAUGUGCUUCGCCACGGCAGCCUUCUUCUUCUUCUUCACGCUGCUCAUGCUCUGCGUGAACAGCAGCCGGGACCCCCGGGCUGCCAUCCAGAAUGGGUUUUGGUUCUUUAAGUUCCUGAUCCUGGUGGGCCUCACCGUGGGUGCCUUCUACAUCCCUGAUGGCUCCUUCACCAACAUCUGGUUCUACUUUGGCGUCGUGGGCUCCUUCCUCUUCAUCCUCAUCCAGCUGGUGCUGCUCAUCGACUUUGCGCACUCCUGGAACCAGCGGUGGCUGGGCAAGGCCGAGGAGUGCGAUUCCCGCGCCUGGUAUGCAGGCCUCUUCUUCUUCACUCUCCUCUUCUACUUGCUGUCGAUCGCGGCCGUGGCGCUGAUGUUCAUCUACUACACUGAGCCCGGCGGCUGCCACGAGGGCAAGGUCUUCAUCAGCCUCAACCUCACCUUCUGUGUCUGCGUGUCCAUCGCUGCUGUCCUGCCCAAGGUGCAGGAUGCCCAGCCCAACUCGGGUCUGCUGCAGGCCUCCGUCAUCACCCUCUACGCCAUGUUUGUCACCUGGUCAGCCCUAUCCAGUGUCCCUGAACAGAAAUGCAAUCCCCACUUGCCAACCCAGCUGGGCAAUGAGACGGUCGUGGCAGGCCCCGAGGGCUAUGAGACCCAGUGGUGGGAUGCCCCGAGCAUUGUGGGCCUCAUCAUCUUCCUCCUGUGCACACUCUUCAUCAGUGUGCGCUCCUCAGACCACCGGCAGGUGAAUAGCCUGAUGCAGACCGAGGAGUGCCCACCUAUGCUAGACGCCACGCAGCAGCAGCAGCAGGUGGCGGCCUGUGAAGGCCGGGCCUUUGACAAUGAGCAGGACGGCGUCACCUACAGCUACUCCUUCUUCCACUUCUGCCUGGUGCUGGCCUCACUGCACGUCAUGAUGACGCUCACCAACUGGUACAAACCCGGCGAGACCCGGAAGAUGAUCAGCACGUGGACCGCUGUGUGGGUGAAGAUCUGUGCCAGCUGGGCAGGGCUGCUCCUCUACCUGUGGACCCUGGUAGCCCCACUCCUCCUGCGCAACCGCGACUUCAGCUGAGGCAGCCUCACAGCCUGCUACCUGGUGCCUCCUGCCACCUGGUGCCUCUCGGCUCAGUGACAGCCAACCUGCCCCCUCCCCACACCAAUCAGCCAGGCUGAGCACCCACCCCUGCCCCAGCUCCAGGACCUGCCCCUGAGCCGGGCCCCCUAGUCUUAGUGCCUUCAGGGUCCGAGGAGCAUCAGGCUCCUGCAGCGGCCCAUCCCCGCGCCACACCCACACGGUGGAGCUGCCUCUUCCUUCCCCUCCUCCCUGUUGCCCAUACUCAGCAUCUCCGAUGAAAGGGCUCCCUUGUCCUCAGGCUCCACGGGAGCAGGGCUGCUGGAGAGAGCCGCUCUAGAGCGGGGAACUCCCACCACAGUGGGGCAUCCGGCACUGGGGCCCUGUGUUCCUGGUCACCUCCCCCAGGGGCCUUGCCCCCUUCCUGGACUUCGUGCCUUACUGAGUCUCUAAGACUUUUUCUAAUAAACAAGCCAGUGCGUGUACCA